AAAAGAGAAGAAAAAUAUUGCAACAAAGAAAUGAUGGUGUCUUUAACCGCAACCCUGGAAUACAAUCUCUCACUCUCUCUCUAGAUUCAUCCAUUCAAGCUUCCCAUCUCAAAAAAUUGACGAAUUCUCACACCCAACAUUUGGAUUUUCCAGCAGAAAAGAAAACUGAGAAAAAACGAUUGCGGGAAAAUCAAAUUCUUUUCGAUUAGACAGGAAACUUGUAUCUUCAAAUAAUUUAAAGGUUUGUUUAAGAGUGAUUUUAAUAUAAUUUUGUAAGAUUGAAAUUUUGUAUCUUUAACAUAUAUGAGCAUGGCCUCCUUUCUCUCUCUCCGUUUUACUCUCUCCCGAAAAUUGUCGUUCAAAGGCUUUAACCCUCUCAUCUUCUCCUCCCUCGCCAAAUCUGGAAUCACCUUCACUGAACAACUCUUUGUUCUUCUCUUUGUUCGUCGUCGCGUUCAUCUCAUCUUCUCAUCUUCACAGAUUCGCAUUCAUCAAGGAAGUCAGAACUUCCAUCUUCCUCGCUUGAUUUUGGGGAAAGCGUUUAUCAAGGAAGGCGAAAAUCAAAUGCCCGCCAUCAGGUUUUACUUGAAAUGUUGAUUUUGGGUAUUGAUUUGUGAAGCAAGAUGUAGAGAAGUGAAGUGUGAUAAGAUUGGAAUUGAGACACUUAGCAAAGUAGUGGGAGAUGGGUAACAAAAAGGAAAAAAAGGUGAUUAUUGUAGAUAAGAACAAUGAUAAUCCAUGGUGGUGGGUGGUUAACAAGGGUUUGGGAGCUUCAUUCUUGUGUAUCUCUUUGUUUGCAAUGUUAGUUAGGCUGGCUGUUUCACUUCAUCCAUAUUCGGGUGCUGGAAAUCCCCCGAAAUUUGGUGAUUUCGAAGCUCAGAGGCAUUGGAUGGAGAUCACUAUUAAUCUCCCUGUUAAGGAGUGGUAUCGUAAUAGCACGGCCAAUGACUUGAAUUAUUGGGGUCUUGACUACCCUCCACUGACAGCGUAUCAGAGCUAUGUUCAUGGCAUUAUAUUGAAGUCGUUCCUGCCGGAAUCUGUUUCCUUGUUCACUUCGCGUGGUCAUGAGUCUUAUCUUGGAAAGCUGCUGAUGAGAUGGACAGUUUUGUCUUCUGAUGUGUUGGUGUUCCUUCCCGCAGUUUUUUACUUUGUUUUAUCGUAUAGUGCUAACCGUUCUCGCAAGCAUCAGAGUGAUGUAGUUUGGUUAGUGGCAAUGAUUUUGCUCAAUCCAUGUCUUAUUGUAAUAGACCAUGGCCAUUUCCAGUUCAACUGUAUCAGCUUGGGUCUCACUAUUGGAGCUGUUGCUGCAAUUCUCUCCAGUAGAGAGCUGGUAGCUUGUGCAUUGUUCACUCUUGCUUUGAGCCAUAAGCAGAUGAGUGCGUAUUUUGCUCCAGCAUUUUUCAGCCAUCUCCUUGGUAGGUGCUUAAAGCGCCGCAAUCCAUUCCUUGAAGUGUCAAAAUUGGCCAUGGUUGUCAUGGGAACAUUUGCUGUAGUCUGGUGGCCAUAUCUGCAGUCAAAAGAAGCUUUUCUAGAGGUUCUGGCUCGUCUUGCUCCCUUUGACAGGGGAAUAUAUGAGGAUUACGUUGCCAAUUUUUGGUGCACAACAUCAGUUCUUAUUAAAUGGAAAAAACUGUUUAGCACUCAGUCUUUGAAGCUGUUUAGCUUGGUAGCCACCAUGUCAACUUGUUUCCCUUCAAUGGUUCAGCAGAUAAAGGAUCCAAGCAAUAAAGGAUUCCUCUAUGCCUUACUGAAUAGUUCUUUCUCAUUUUACCUGUUCUCGUUUCAAGUCCAUGAGAAGUCAAUUUUACUACCCCUUCUACCUGCAAGUCUCUUGGCUCUUGAAGAACCUCUGGUUUACAGAUGGUUAAUUCAUUUUGGAUUAUUCUCAAUGUUCCCGCUUCUAUGUCGUGACGAACUUGUAUUGGCAUACAUUGCACUCUUCUCCCUCUUCUACCUUCUCUUCUAUGCACCAAGGAAGAAAGACUCGAGGAAGAUCAGAGCUUCAACUUUGAAAUUAUUAGUCUUGACCCUUCUCAUUCUACUCUCUUUGGUGCUCCAUAUUAUAUAUAUAGCGAUGAAUCCUCCACAAAGGUAUCCUUUUCUUUUCGAAGCUAUAAUUAUGCUUGUUUGCUUCUCUCAGUUUGUUUGGCUCGCUAUUUAUACCAAUACAAAACAAUGGAUGCUGCAUAAACAAUCUAGUUCACUAGAGAACGAAAAGAAACGUCUUUGAUCUUCAUUAAUUCUUGCUAUUCGACUUGUAAACAUGUUCGCAUUUAUGAUUUAUAUGCGGCUAAUGUAUUUUCAAUUUAAGCAUCA